AUCCAUGUGUAGGGGGCUACAAGGAAAUACACAGCUGACUGUAAGGGAAGGGCUGAGAUGUUGUCCUAGAAGGACCUGCGCUUCUGCGUGCGUUUCCAUUCUGAUGCUCUAUACCCCCAAAAAUGAAGAAAUCUAUUUUUUCCUCUUUUCCCAGCUUUUCUCCUUCCUUUCUAAGAUCCGCUCGCCGUCCUCCUUUAAUUUCCUGACACUUUUACGCGUAACCUCCUCUUCCUCACUAUCCCUGCAGCUGGAAGUGUUUCCUCUCUGUGCCGCAGAAGAAGGGGGGGAGGGAGGAAGUCACAGGCAGGAGAGGGAGACGCAUACUUGUGUGGGAAGCAGUGAAACUCCACGGUGCAACAUCAGCCCGCAGGGAUCCUUCCUCCCCUCCGCUCUUCCUCUGCCUUCGGCAUCCACUGUUUUUGGGUCUUCUGUUCCCCAUUCCCUUGCACUUUCACCUCCCCCAACCCUUCUGCUCGGACUCAUUGUCCCUUCUGGAUGUCCCCUCCCUGAGACAGCCUGGAGGAGAGCGUGUCAGCUGGUGGGAUGUGGAGAUCGGGGCAGGCCGCUCUGGUAGAUGGGGGUCCCCAGCUCCACUGCUCCCCUUCAUCUGAGGACUGGACGACUCCUCCAAGGCCGGAAUCUCCCAGACCCAUCACGGAACGGCCAAAAGAUCCCCCGACCUAUGACCUGUCUCGCCUGCGCAGCUCCUCUGUGGAAAUCAGAGAGAAGGGCUCAGAAAUUCUCAGAGAUGAGCUUUUGAAAGCCCAGAAGGAGCUAAAGCUGAGAGAUGAGGAAUGUGAGAGACUGUCCAAGGUCCGGGAGCAGCUGGAGCAGGAGCUGGAGGAGCUGACAGCCAGUCUAUUUGAGGAGGCUCACAAAAUGGUGCGCGACGCUAACCUCAAACAGGCUGCGUCAGAGAAACAGCUACGGGAAGCUCAUGGGAAGAUCGACAUGCUGCAGGCUGAAGUCACGGCUUUGAAGACUCUUGUCAUCACUUCCACUCCAUCUUCUCCAAACCGUGAUCUGCACCCCCAGCUCCAAAGCCCCUCGAAGAAUGCACUACGCAAAGGCCAUGCUCGGAACAAGAGUACCGGUUGUGCGGCUGUCAUGCCAAUCUCCCCUCCUCCCCAACUAAUCAGCACAGAGGCCAAAGAGGUGGACACCAUUCUGUAUUCAGAGUUUAUGGAGUGGAAGGAAAAUCCGACGCUUGACAAAUCCUGUCCCUUUCUGUCUCGUAUCUACCAAGAGGAUAUUAAGCCAUGCUUGGACUUUGCAAAAAAAGAGUUGUCAGAGCAGGUUUGCAUUGCUGUAGAAGAUAACACUUUGUCGGUAGAACCGGUGACGCAGCCAACUCUACCCGUUGUGAAAGCAUCGGCUGUAGAACGUGGAGGACCCAGUGGGAGUCGGGUGGAGGUUUUAAUGAAAUGUGCACUCAGUGGUUUGUCGCGUUCAUGUCGCCACCGCAUUAAAAUGGGAGACUCUGGGAAUUAUUACUUCAUCUCACCAUCCUGCCGGUACAGGAUAACAGCAGUCUGCAAUUUCUUCACUUACAUCCGUUACAUACAGCAAGGUUUGGUACGCCAGGACACGGAGCUGAUAUUCUGGGAAAUCAUGAGACUCCGACGUGAAAUGUCAUCUGCCAAACUUGGGUUCUAUCCCAACGAGUCCUAAAAGUGUCAGAAGAACUUGGACCACCGGAACUAAAUCACCAAAUCCCCAAACUGCUGCUGCGGGUCAAGUAAAACGGAGGGGCACAAAUAUGUGCUCAACACAACUGGAUCUGUGUGGAGUGUGUGUUAUCCUCUCCUAUAUGGUACAGAAUGCACAUAUAAUUACAGACACUUUACAGGAUAGUUCAAAUGAUGGCGUGCGCUAACCCACCGCAACUAAUUACAUAUUUACUUCUUGGAAUUUGCACAAGACAGAUCAAAGUCUAACUUCCGGUUGGUUGCUUUGGGUUAAUCUACAUUUAGACUUUAGCUUCCCUGUUAGUAAAUGCCAUAUCACAUAGUGCUUUGCUAUAAGCCAGGGCUGUUGAUGAUAAAACUAUGUUCUAGCAGCUGCUUUGUCACAGAACCUUGUGUCACUGAGGUGCAAUGCUGCUUCCUACGUCUUCAAGAAAACAGCAUCGUGGUCCAAUGCAGGUCUAUCUCCCCAAUCUCCACCACUUAGUGAACUUUGUCUGAUGUGUUCCUUCAAGGAUCAUCGUGAUAAUUUAGUAAAUAUCCUUUAAAGAAGCGUUCUGGGAUUUUUUUUAUCAUUGCCCCCAUUUGUAAACUAGAUCAUCUUACCGGCUGCUUUAUUGCAGAAUUAUCAGCUCAGUUCUGGUCCACUGUCACAACACAUGACUCGCAGUCUGACUACCCAAGUCCUAUUCUGUGGUGUAGACCAGAAACCAGUCUCUCCAUGAAAUCCCAUGAGCUGCUCAAUGUGAGUCUCAUAGGUUUGCAUAGACAGACUUCAGGUCCACACAGCAGAUGUUGUAGUACUUUGGUAGUCAGAUACGGGUCAAGAAAUCGAUGAUAUUUCUGUAAAAAGCAGCUAGUAAGAUGAUUGACUGUACUAUCAUAUCCCUAAAAAAAAAAAAAUCCCAGGGUACUUUUUUAAUCUGACAUCCGAAAAAAUAUUGAAAUUUCCAGAUUCUGCAAUUGCUUCUUCCACAGAACUGGUGGUAAAGUCUGGAAACUGAACAGAAAAAAACAAAAUGGUGACAUAAAUUUAUCUUGUCUAUCACCAAGAUCACUAACAAAUUUCACAUAGGGAUAUCCUACAUCAGUGGCAAAGUCCAGAAAAUAUAUCAUGGCCCAGUUCUGUGCAUUUUACUCUGGCUUUCAAAAAUGGCUCUCAGAAAAUGGGUAGAAGCUUUUCAGUUGGGUUUCCUGUGUCUGCCUUAUAAAAAAAUAUUAGAAAAUUUCUGUUACUGAUUAAUUGCAGAUUAAGAUUUGGGCACCGGCUUGCCUCCUGGAAUUGACACCUAUAUGUGGAGAAAAUGGCUAGAGAACUGAUGCUAAAUGGAGAACCAGAACUAGUAGUCAGAGUUGAGGGUACUAACACAGUUCACAAAUAUUUAUGGGCAAAAAGUUUUGGGACAAAUACGGUCAAAUUCUCUGUAAUAGAUUAUUAAGAAAUAUGUAUCCUGGUUUAUAGUCAAUUUUUAUAGUUUGGAUCUCUUGGUCAUAAUUGACGAUUCCUGAAAUCAGUUUAUGACUGAAGUUACCCAGAGCUUCUGUCCAUAGACAUUAGACAUUUUCUAAAAUAGCUGAGUUUAUGUAUCUAACCCAAUUUGUGGAUGAUCCCUUUGCAUGAAGAAUUGCUCCUUGGUCAAAUACUAGACUAAUACCUGGUACACUAUGGACCAGCUUGGUUGGAUUUCUUCAGCUUUCAUCUAUGAUGAUCGAUGGCAUGUGAACUUUUUUUUGGGACUGUUCAUCUAAUUAAGGGCAACACAGACCAAUUCUAACAGGUGAAAGACUAUAAUGUGUUCUUGAGACAGUUGGCUGCCGGACUUUCUUAUAACAUAUAGGACCAGAGUUAUUCCACUUUGAUUUUUCCAUUUCUUGGUUUCUAUGGCCCUCAGCGCACGAGUCAAUCACCCUCUCUACAGCCCACUAUCUAUACACCAGCUUGCUGCUAUUCACUGUGACUUUCUUAAAGGAAUCUAUUUUUGUACUACUCUUGAAAACCCCUUCUCCUGAUAUUCACCCAGCACAGGGCAGUAGUGCCGUCUCCAUCUCGUUGGUUUAAAAUGUUUUUUUCUUUUUCAUUAUCUGUGUCGCAGUCAGUAUUGGACUAAGAUUGUCAGAUCUAUUGAAAAUGUCAAAACUUUAUGUUAUUGUGGUUACAAAGUCUACCAUAUAUUGCAGACUCACAGCAUUGCAGCGAAUAGAUUUACAGAGGUAAGAAAGCAUUCAAUUCAUCAAGUGAGGUCCCUCUAGAAGACACUAUAGACUAUAUAUUAGCAUAGUUGCCGACAGUCUCGAAUUUGCUGGGAUUGUGCUUGAUUUUCAGAGACCAUCUCAGCAAAUUCGUCUUGUUCUGGCCAGAAAAUGAACAAGCUUAUGUAAAACCCACCCAGAAGUAGACAUUCUUGGGCAAGGUUUGGGUCACACUUAGGUGUGGGGUGCUGAAAUGCCCCUAAAAAAGGUCACAGUUAAUUUUUUUAGGGAAAAACUGAAUCCAAGAGAAUACCAAAAGCAUUAUCUAGUAAAAUAUAUACACAAGGUUCCUGUUCCUGUACCAACAACCAAUGACCAUGCCAACAUCAUAGAUGGUGGACCCCCACUGGCAGACAAUGAAUGCAAAGAGGCUGGACUGAUUGAUUUGAAUGGGCACCAAGUAAUACCACAUAUUUCCUGCAGUGGGCGCCCACAGCAAAUCGUUGGUGGAUAGAGGAGUAGACUUCAUUCUAGGAUGGUGUUGUCCACACGGAGAACCCCUUGAAUGAGCCCUACUUUGUAGUGAAAGUCAAUCUCAAAAACUAAAAACCAAACCUACCUCAUGUUGGUCUUUUAAAGGGUCCUUUCAUGUUUUCAAGAAUGACAAAUGGGACGGCGAUUUGGUAGCAGGGAUUGAACCGAACCCCUUGACCAGUCUCUGUUUAGGAAAAUGAAUGGAUAUCCCCUUUAAGAUUUGAUUGCUUUAGGAAAUGAAUGUUUUUGUCCGGGUUGUUCUAUUAGAGGCAUUAAAAUGCCUUUCCUAAAGCAAACUGUCCAGGUAUAAAUUUGGACCCCCUGGUACUUAGCUGUUGGGGAGGCGGACGGUGGUCAUACAUUCAGGAAAUGUGGUAUCACAUGGAAUCCAAUCAAAUUAGUUCUUAAUUAGUUAUUUUAGCCCCCUGAUCUUGGAAACUCCCCUCAUUAUCUGUAGCUCCAAUGAAAUGUCUUAAUAGGGGCCCUCGUCUACCAUGCAUCAUUGAUAUUAUCGGUGUCUUCUCAUAUGGCAGAAGGUCCUCUGGCCCAGAAGGUCCUUUGGCACCAGGGCCUGUGACUAGGAUACAUUUACCUAAACUACGCUUUACACUACACACAUUCCUUUCCUGGGCCUGUUUAGGAAAUAAUAGGGACUCAUCGAUGGUGCUUUUAGUCAAGUAACUCCUUACAGAAGCUAAUAUGAGCUAAACUAUUUUAUGAAGAGAAGCAUGGGCAAGCAAUGGCCGUCAGCAGCAGUCGAACUACUAAUCUCAGCAUGCCUAGUCAAGGACUAUAGCACCACAGCAGCUGAAAAGCCAUAGGGGCUCCCGCUUCCUUGCUGUAUGCAUGUAUCAGUGUAUCAUUGUACUUGUAGUGUUCGUAGAUUUAUAUCCUACAUUCUGUUCUAGUAUUUGACAUUCCAUACAAGGGCUAUUUGCUGGCACAAAUCCUAGUCCCUUCCUGUUCACAAGAUGACAGAGCACAACCUCCUUAUUAUGAAGUGACAUAUAUUCUCAUGGAAACGUUCCAUUAUACUGCUACAUGAGUGUGUUUUAUAUUUGUAUCACACAGCCAUUUAUACGCCGUAACAAAGGGGGGGACGGGGGUUAACAUUCUGCUGCAGACCACCCUUUUGAGUGUGUUACUCAUUUACCAGUAUUAUGCAAUAUGAAGGGACAAAGUACAAAAUAUCUAUUGAUCUACGAAAGGACAUUAAAUAAUUUCUUUCUGACAAA